CCACCUCAGGUUGGGUGGAAGAGAUAGAGGUAGUGGCUGGGAAUCUAUGCUUAGUGCUGUACCAAUGAAAGGACCCAAAUAAGCAGCAGGUAAUGGAUGAAGAAAAGUAAAUAAAGCUUUAAAAUACAUGUAGCAGUGUAACCUCUGUGCCUCCCUCUAGACUCUGCUGCAGGUACUGCUGCUAGAGAGAGACAGGAUGGAUGCUAUCAGUCUUUGCCAGAGUUUACAAGAAAUUCAAAGACUGCAACAAACUAAAUGUGUUAUCUGUAUUCUGCUUUUACUUCAGCUUCCUCUUAAUUCAGCUGACUGCUGUGGACAUCCUGGUCCCUUUCACUACAGACUGCAUCAAUGUGAAAAGUAAGCAGCUAGCUAAAUGAAAGAAAAAUGAUUUGGAGCAGCUUGUGACUCUAAUGACUCUAAAAGUAAAAAAAUACUGGCAGCGGCCUCCUAGUAGAUACUCCUAUGGUAUCAAUCUGAAAGUCUUAUGUCACACACUUCACAAACUUUGGUGUUCACAUUGCUCAUCCGCCCAGCAUGGUGAUGACAACACCCCAUAUACCUUAUACCUAGGGCUGAACGAAAUAUCGCAUUUGCCAUAAUAUCGCGAUAUGAUCAAGUGCAAUUUUCUAACCGCAAAGGCUGCGAUUAUACUCUGUUUACGUGACAUGCGCGAGUAAAACAUGUGAUAUGAUCAAACGAGAUUGUCUAACCACAGAGGCUGCACUCUGGUCACGUGACACAGGGAGCAAAGUUUUGAAACAGUCUACCGAGAGUGAACUAGCAAGCAAAGCUGUAGCCUACACAAUGGCCUCAGGUUCAACAGAACCAGAGCCUGCGGGGAUGCUAGUACCAAAGAGGAACUGCACAUCAGCCGUGUGGGAAUAUUUUGGGUUUAAAAGAGAUGAUGUCGCACAGAGUCAGGUACUGUGUAAAACCUGUCUUGGUAGAGUUUCUACAUCUCGGGGAAACACUACGAAUUUGUACCAGCACCUUAAGACUCAGCACAAAACAGAGUAUGAUAGAUGUAUGGCUAAAAAAUCUAGUAGUGUGCAGAAUAAACCUAGUAACGUUACUCGGCAAGGAUCACUGACCGAACUGUUUGAAGGUGUUACGCCAUAUGAACGCACUUCAAAACGGCACGUGGAAAUCACCAAAGCAGUAACCCACUGCAUCGCGAAAGACAUGAUGCCCGUCAAUACGGUGACCAAGCCUGGGUUCAAUAAUUUGGUAACUACACUGGAUAAGAGGUACAGAAUGCCCUCCCGCACGUAUUUCAGUCAGACUGCAAUACUCGAGCUACAUAUGCAGUGUAGGCGGAGGGUUGCAGCGGAGUUAAAGGCUGUUGAGUUUUUUGCGGCGACAACAGACAUGUGGUCAAGCCGUACAGCAGAGCCCUAUCAAAGUCUGACGGUGCAUUACAUUACCGAAGACCUCCACCUCGAAGCUCGCAGCCUACAAACGGCCUACUUCCCCGAAGACCACACAGGGGAAAACAUUGCUGCUGGCCUGAGAGAGGGGCUUGCGUGUUGGGAUCUCCCUGAAGACAACCUUGUCUGCAUAACGACGGACAACGCGUCAAAUAUGGUGAAAGCAGCACAGCUGAACGAAUGGACCAGGCUCCAGUGUUUCGGACACAGAUUACAUCUUGCUAUUGAAAAUGCAAUCAAAGAUGGUAGAGUAUCAAGAGCAAUUGGGCUGUGCAAGAAGUUGGUGGGGCACUUCUCGCACAGUUGGAAGAAAAAGGCAGCACUCACUGAGGCACAGAAGGAGCUUAAGCUUCCUGAGCACUCUCUCAUUACUGAGUGCCCUACAAGAUGGGGGUCCAAAGAGAAAAUGAUUGCCAGAGUGCUGGAACAGAUGAAAGCCAUAUCGCAGGUAUUGACAGGUGACCGACAUGCACGCUCCCUCAUCCCAACCUGGCAGGAUGCUGAAGUGUUGGAGUCCAUUCAUAAGGCACUGCAUCCUCUCUCCGAAUUUACUGAUGCUCUUUCUGGAGAAGAGUAUGUGAGCAUCUCCUACCUCAAGCCAGUUCUCCAUCUUCUGGCAACAUCAGUCUUGGCUGAAGAUGCUGAGGACACUGAUCUGACUAGAUCAAUUAAAACCAAGGUCCUGGCAUACCUCAACGACAAGUAUAGUGACCUCAACACCCAGGAGCUUUUGGAUGUUGCGUCGUUCAUGGACCCUAGGUUCAAAACGCAAUACAUCAGCGCAGACAACCUUCCUGCCAUUAAGGCCCGACUGAAGACAGAAAUGGUGGAAUCGGCUAGACGUACACAUAAUCAGGUAAAUCCUUGAAAAUUAUAUUUCCACAAACACAUAAUAUUUAUAUAUAAGCUAACUGCAAAACUAAUGUCUCUCUUCCCAUCUGGCAGGAGAAGAGGUCUCGCACUGAAACUGCUCAAAAUUCUCCAAGUGCACAGGCCUCUGGGGGAAAGGCAAAGAAGACUCUUGGUAGUCUUUUUAAAACCAGUGCGGCCUCUUCAGCUUUGCCUCUGCCACUUGAAGAUGUCGUGGAGGCAGAGUUGAAUAGUUACCUGUU